UUUUCACCUUUCUGCUUUAAGACACAGAAAACCAGAAUUACUCCUUGUUUGGCUGAAACAACUUUGGAUAGCUCUGGUUUGAUGUAAACUUUAUCUUGGUUUUCUAGGAAAACAGUUUUAAGAAUCAACAUAUGCAAACCUAUGACUCAAUGGAAGCCCAAGAGGAUGGUGUUGACGUUCAGGACAAGCUUUCUGGCUUUAUUUUCAUGUGUAAUGGAAUUACAAAACCAGAGUGCUACCAAUACCGAGUUUUUGGACUUCCUGCUAGGAGAAAGGCUGAUGUAGAGAAGAUCAAUCCUGGUACAUAUCUUUUUCUGUUUGACACUGAUGUGAAGCUUCUCUACGGUAUUUAUAUGGCAACCUCAACCGGGAAACUAGAAAUAGAGCCAUUAGCUUUUGGGCACAAAUUCCCUGCUCAGGUGAAAUUCAAAAUUUACAAAGACUGUUUACCCUUGCCAGAGAGUAGCUUUAAACUUGUCAUUCGAGAUAAUUACCAGAAAGGUUCCAACAAAUUUAAUCCCGAACUCAAUAUUAGACAAGUAAGAAGUCUAAUAGAAUUGUUUCGCCCACUACAUGAAUUGCCAACUUCACCUACACUUCCUUUUUUGAAGAAACCAAUGAAUAAUGUUUAUCAUCAUAUAUCAGGGCCACCACCACUUUCCAGAAUGCUACCCAAUCAAGCUCCAAUGUUGUUGAACUAUCCUGUUCAUAAUAUUAUGCCUUAUUCACAUGCAACACAGUCUGUGCCAUCCCAAGCUUCAAGGAAUCAGUUUUACUCUCCUGCUAGUACACUUACACCGGAGGGUACUUAUGCAACUGGGAUCUGCAGCAGUCAUAAUCAGACUAUCCUCAGGGGCUGUGAUCAUACUCAGACAUUGCAAUACUCUCACCACGCAUAUCAUAACAUCAUACAUACACAACCUGAAUUUCAUUCUUCAUUGAUGCCUGUGGGUAGCAGUCUUACUCAACCUCUGCAAAACUCUCCAUAUCCAUAUCAGAGUAUCUUAAACCCUCAAUCACUGCAAGAUCCUCAACAUCCAUAUCAGAGUGACCCAAACCCUCAAUUGCUGCAAGAUCCUCAAUAUCAAUAUCAGAGUAUCUUAAACUCUCAAUUGCUGCAAGAUCCUCAAUAUCCAUAUGAGAGUAUAACAAAAUCGUCGCAUGAUUUUCAUCCCACAGUCACAAAUGCAGGCAGCAGCUGUCUCCAGUUGUCAUGGCUUCCAGUCAAACUUACAACAAAACACUUAUUCCACCACGCUAAACGUGGGCCACAGUUACAAUCAAUGCCAGAUUAUCAAUAUACACAUCAGAAAAAUGCCCAAAUUCCUCAACAGAUUAAUCAUCCAUACUUUCCUCAAGAAUUUCCAUCUUCUGCAUAUUCAUCUCAAGGGGCUGCAGCCAUGCAAGGGGUGAUAUCAAGUGGUCAACAAACUGGAAUGGGAAGCGAGUAGCACGAGCUAUCUAUGCAGACACAGGAAUACCUCUACUCUAGAGAAUGUUGCCGAACCACCUGUACUCAAAAUAUUCAAUUUCUAAGUGCUUAAUCACAUUUCUACUUAAAUAUUCCAUUAUGCUGAAUUUUUUGUAUGUAAAGCCGCGUAUAUAAUUUUAAAACACUGACGCUUACUUGUUGCUUUUUGUG